AUGGCAGAUGUUACCAUGCCAAUUGGUGUGGGUAUUAAUGGUUUUGGAGACAUUGGACAAUCCGUCCUCUUCUCUUCAUUCACCGAUCCUCUGGUAAAUGUGGUGGCGAUAAAUGAUGCUUCUAUGAAUAUUGAAUACAUGGCCUAUCUUUUACGACAUGAAAGCCCUCUUUCUGUAGAAGAAAAAUCUUCCGUUGUGGUGGUUGGAGAAUACAUUUGUAUUCAUGGAAACCGUAAGAUUCGUGUUACACAGAAGCAUGAUCUUGCUGAAAUUGGAUGGCAUGAUGCGGGUGUGAUUUAUGUGUUGGAGUGCACUGGUCUCAACUCUACACAAGAACGCUGUUGGGGUCAUAUCACUGGCGGGGCACAUGGUGUUAUUAUUGCUGGACAGAGCGCCGAUGCUCCGACAGUUGUGUUGGGAGUAAACGAAAUGAAUAUGAAAAAAACACAUCCUGUGGUUUGUGCUGGAUCCCCAAUCGCCGUGGCCCUCGCACCUCUUAUUCGAAUUCUCCAUGAACAGUACAUGAUAGAUGAAUGCUCUUAUACUGCUUUACACGGUAUACAAAAAGGGGAUUCCGUUAUGGGAAAGUCAAAAAAUCCACAAGAAUGGCGUCAGAAAAGAUCAGCAUUGGAUGCUAUUAUCCCUUGUACUCAAACAGGAAAGAAAACAAUGGAAAAAAUUAUGCCUACACUCGCAGAGUAUAUAUCAGGAAGCGCAUUUCAAGUCCCUGUGGUAAAGGGGUGUGCUAUAGACAUGAUUGUGCGGUUUGCUCAACCUGUCUCAAAAGAAGUAUUGGAUACAACUCUGAAAGAAGCUGCAUCAGGUCGACUCAGUGAAGCAUUAUUAUACUCAGAGGAAGAUCUCAUUAAUCGUGAUUGCUUACCAAAUGGUAAACUUUAUUAUGAUGCAAUAAGUUCUCAGUGUCUUCGUGAUGGGAGUGCUCACAAACUCCUUCUGUGGUUUGAUAUUGAGGGCAGUUACGCGAAACGAAUUCUUUCGUUGGUUCCUUUUUUGCAAAAGUUGGGUGUCAACAACGAAAUGUAA